AUGGCAGCGAGUCCUGCUCUCUUCAACCCUUCCUUUCUUCUUCCUCCAAAGCCGCCAAGGGAGGCCCCGUCGUCUUUCCUCUACUCCAGACCCAUCUCCAUUACUCCUUUCUCCACGGCAUCCUUCGGGUCAUCUACUCAUUUGUUUCAUCGACCUCGUGUAAGCAGCGGGACCAUAGCCAGAGCUUCCCUUAAGGAGAAACUGGGUGAAUUAAGAGACAAGGUAGCUGAUGUGACGAGCUUAAACCAGUGGGUUGUUAAGGAUUACUAUCGCCUAGUUGAGUCUGUUAAUGGGUUUGAGCCGCGAAUUCAGAAGCUUUCCGAUGAGCAGUUGACUGCAAAAACUGAGGAGUUUAGGACCAGACUGAAACGAGGGGAGACGCUGGCAGACAUUCAAGCUGAGGCCUUUGCUGUCGUUCGGGAAGCUGCUAGAAGGAAGCUUGGUAUGCGUCAUUUUGACGUGCAGAUUAUUGGUGGUGCAGUGCUUCAUGAUGGAUCAAUUGCUGAGAUGAAAACUGGGGAGGGAAAGACAUUGGUUUCGACAUUAGCUGCGUAUCUGAAUGCACUAACCGGUGAGGGUAUCCAUGUGGUCACUGUGAAUGAUUACCUUGCUCAACGUGAUGCUGAGUGGAUGGGCCGUGUUCAUCGCUUCUUGGGUCUUUCUGUUGGUCUCAUCCAGAAGGGUAUGACAUCUAAAGAGCGAAGGUCCAAUUACAGAUGUGAUAUAACAUACACUAAUAAUUCAGAGCUUGGUUUUGAUUAUUUACGAGAUAAUCUUGCGGGAAGUGACGAACAACUUGUUAUGAGAUGGCCGAAGCCGUUUCAUUUUGCGAUAGUUGAUGAAGUGGAUUCCGUUCUCAUAGAUGAAGGAAGAAAUCCUUUGUUAAUCAGUGGUGAGGCUAAUAAAGAUGCUGCAAGAUAUCCGGUUGCUGCCAAAGUAGCUGAGCUGCUCUUAAGGGGAAUUCACUAUAAUGUGGAGCUUAAAGAUAACUCAGUGGAGUUGACUGAGGAGGGAAUAGUUCUAGCUGAGAUGGCGCUCGAAACAAACGAUCUUUGGGAUGAAAAUGAUCCUUGGGCUAGAUUUGUACUAAAUGCUCUGAAAGCUAAAGAGUUCUACAGGCGAGAUGUACAAUACAUCGUUAGAAAUGGGAAGGCCCUCAUAAUUAAUGAGUUGACAGGAAGGGUGGAGGAGAAGAGGAGAUGGUCUGAAGGAAUUCACCAGGCUGUAGAGGCAAAAGAAGAUUUACAAAUACAGGCUGAUACUGUUGUGGUUGCACAAAUCACGUACCAAUCACUGUUUAAACUCUACCCAAAGUUGUCAGGAAUGACUGGAACCGCGAAAACUGAAGAAAAGGAGUUCCUGAAAAUGUUCCAGGUGCCAGUGAUUGUGGUGCCAACAAAUCUUCCAAAUAUUCGUAAAGAUUUACCCAUACAAGCUUUUGCAACAGCACGUGGGAAAUGGGAUCAUGCACGUCGAGAAGUCGAAUACAUGUUUGAACAAGGGCGCCCUGUUUUAGUUGGAACAACUAGUGUUGAGAAUUCUGAGUAUCUUUCUGAUCUACUCAAGGAGUGGAAGAUCCCACACAAUGUCUUGAAUGCACGACCUAAGUACGCUGCAAGGGAAGCUGAGAUUGUUGCCCAGGCAGGGCGAAAACAUGCCAUUACUAUUUCCACAAAUAUGGCAGGUAGAGGCACUGAUAUUAUUCUUGGUGGAAACCCCAAGAUGCUUGCAAAAGAAGUCUUAGAGGACAGCUUGCUUUCUUAUCUAACACAGGACAGGCCAGCUACUGAAAUUGAUAUCAGAUCAUCUGAUAAGGUGUUAUCAAAGAUACGUGUUGGUGCAACAUCUUUAGCUUUAUUAGCAAAAACAUCAUUGAUGGCUAAAUAUGUGGGUAAAAGUGAAGGUAAGAGCUUGACAUAUGAAGAUGCAAAGUCAGUGAUCUCAAAGUCUGUUGAAAUGAGUCAGUCGUUGGGCGUGGAAGAGCUACAAAAACUUGUCGAUGAGGAGUCUGAAAUGUAUCCCCUCGAACCAACUAUAGCACUUGCUUAUCUAUCAGUUCAUAAGGACUGUGAAGCGCAUUGCUUCAAUGAGGGUUGUGAAGUGAAAAGGCUUGGGGGCCUCCAUGUGAUAGGUACAUCUUUGCAUGAAUCACGAAGAAUUGAUAAUCAGCUUCGUGGACGAGCAGGAAGGCAAGGAGAUCCUGGAUCCACACGAUUCAUGGUGAGCUUGCAGGAUGAAAUGUUUCAGAAGUUCAAUUUUGAUACUGAGUGGGCUGUGAACCUCAUCUCAAAGAUCACUGAUGAUGAAGAUAUACCGAUCGAGGGUGAUUUUAUUGUGAGACAGCUUUUAGGGUUGCAAAUCAAUGUGGAGAAGUACUACUUUAGCAUCAGAAAGAGCCUGGUCGAGUUUGAUGAAGUAUUAGAGGUACAAAGGAAACAUGUCUAUGACCUUCGCCAAGUGAUUUUAACAGGUGAUAGUGAAAGUUGUAGUCAACACAUAUUCCAGUAUAUGCAGGCCAGCGUGGAUGACAUUGUAUUUCACAAUGCUGAUCCCCAGAAGCAUCCACGAAACUGGAAUUUGGGAUUGAUUUUGAAGGAGUAUAUCGAUAUCGGAGGAAAUUUGUUGGAUGAUGUAUUUGCGGGAAUCACUGAAGAAGCUUUGCUGAAAUCUCUCACAGAACCGGAAGAAUCUAGUUCUAUAGACAUCAGUAGUUUUUGCCUUCCAAACAUGCCAAAACCACCAAAUUCAUUCAGAGGGAUCCGAAAGAAGUGUUCUUCAUUAAAGCGUUGGCUUUGUAUAUGUUCUGAUGAUUCAUAUAAGAAUGGGAGAUACAGGACAACAACCAAUCUUCUCCGGAAGUACCUUGGAGACUUUCUUAUUGCUUCAUAUUGCAGUGUCAUAGAAGAUUCAGGAUACGAUGAUACAUAUAUCAGAGAAAUCGAGAGAGCAGUUCUCCUGAAGACUGUGGACUGUUUUUGGAGAGAUCAUCUUAUUAAUAUGAACAGACUCAGUUCAGCGGUCAAUGUGAGAAGCUUCGGUCACAGAAAUCCACUUGAAGAAUACAAAAUUGAUGGGUGCAGAUUCUUCAUUUCAAUGCUGGGUGCAACUCGAAGAAUGACCAUAGACACAUUGUUUCAGUACUGGUCAUCUCCUAUGGAAUCACAGGAACUCUAUCUAUAA